UCUUGUUAAUAAUCUUGUGUUGUCAUCUCAAGUUGUGCUUUAUUGUUCGUUUCAGGGUAUUCUGGCUGAUAUAUUGAAAUCCCUUGGUGACAACAAGAAGCACAUGAGAGAAUGUGCACUCAAUACUUUGGAUUUGUGGCUUGCUGCUGUUCAUCUUGAUAAAAUGGUUCCUUAUAUUACAAUUGCCUUGAUGGAUUCUAAACUUGGUGCCGAAGGGCGUAAAGACCUUUUUGAUUGGUUAUCUAGGCAACUUUCUGUGCAAAGCAGUUUUGCUAAAGCUGCACAACUUCUGAAGCCAGCCUCUGCUGCAAUGACAGUAAGUUUUGGCUUUUGAAUUUUCAUUCUUAAUUCUUCUAAUACCUUUCUUCUUUGUAUUUCUAUCCCUCUUCUCAAUAUUAUGCAAGAACUGGUAGAGCAUUAUAGUGCUAAAGGGUGGUUACAGCGGGUUGAGCAAUGUGUACUUCACAUGGAUAUUUCAUCAUUGGAUUUUAAUCAGGUGGUCAGAUUAUGCCGGGAGCAUGGCCUGUAUAGCACCCUGGUGUAUCUCUUUAAUAAAGGACUAAAUGACUAUAGGGCACCUCUGGAGGAGCUCUUUGAAGUCUUACAAAAUAGCCAAAAGGAUAGUGCUGUUGCACUUGGGUACAGGAUGCUGGUUUACCUCAAGUACUGUUUUAUAGGUCUUGCUUUUGCACCAGGCCGUGGAACUAUUCCUCCUAAAAUCAAGCCUCUUUUAUACAACAAACAUGAUUUUAAGUUUACGGUACUCAUAAACGUCCAUCGGAAUCACCCUGGAGUUGAAGCAUUCCUUCAAAAUAGUAGUGGCAGAUCCUCCUUACUUGUGUACUAAAUCAGUAGCCGAAUGAAGAGAAGGCUGAAUGGAUUAUAUAUGUCACAGAUGUUGGGCAGCAGCAACACUUUGAUAUGGUAUUCAGGGUAUGUCACAAUUAAUGACGUUCAUGGUAUCUUGUAGUUACUUGAUCUUAUUGUUAUUACCAGAACCCUUUCUACUUGAUCUUAUUGUUAUUCAAGGGGAAAACUCUUAAAUAUAUUGAUAUGUUUUUUUCCCGCCUGCACGUUGGAUAUUCCAUAAAGAUUGCUGAACAUUCCUGUGAUUUCCUCUUAAAUAUAUCGAUUCUUGUGAAUCUGCUACGUGUAAUAAAGAUUGCGGAGGACUUUUAAUUUCCACUAACAA